GAAGGGGCCGCUGUCAGUUCGCUGCUCCACUGCUUCCUCUCGUGUCUCUCUGUAGGGAGAAAGCGCUUCAUGUCUUGGCGUGAACUGCUUCCCCCCUGGCUGGUGAUCGUGGCGGGACUGACGGGCAUCGUGCUGCUCUGUGUCUCCACUAAAGAUGUGCCCUACACCCCUCUCAGGACCAAGUAUGCCAUUGUUCUGGAUGCUGGCCCAUCCCACACCAACCUGUUCAUCUACCAGUGGACCACCACCAAGGCAAAUAAGACCGGGGUGAUCAGAGAAUGUAGUUCCUGUCCUAUGCAAGGUCUUGGAGUCUCCAACUACACAGAUUCUCCUCAGAAAGUCAUGGAGAGCCUGCAGCCCUGUUUGACCUGGGCCCAGCAAGAGAUCCCAGCAGAGCAGCACAGCCAAACCCCGCUCUAUGUGGGAGCAACUGCCAGCACGAGGCCACUGAACCUCACCCAUCCCAACCUCUCUGAUGAUCUCCUUGCAGCCCUGAAGUCAUCUCCUUUCAAGUUUCAGGGGGCACAAAUCCUGUCCAGUCCAGAAAAGGAAGCAUUCAAUUGGGUUGCUGUUAACUAUGUCCUGGAGAACUUCUUCAAGUACGACUGGCGAGGACAGUUGAUCCCCUCCGGGAAGGGGAUGGCAGGAGUCCUGCUGGUGGGAGGAACCUCAGCACUGCUCACUGCCAGGGUGGAAGAGGAGAACCAGGCACCUACAGAGGAGGUGAAGCUGCAGCUGUAUGGUCAGACACACAGAGUGUACACUCAUCACUGCCCCUGCCAUGGCACGGCCCAGCUCCGCAGCAGGCUACUCGCUCUGCUCAUUCAAGAUCAGAGAGGGGCUAAAACUGUGUCUAACCCCUGCUGGCCCAUCUCCUACUCCCGGGAAGUGCAGUGGCAAUCGCUGCGUGCUGGGCCUUGUGCUGUCAGUGAGGACACAUUGAACAUCUCUGGCCCUGAGGUCUUCAACAUCACCGGCUCCAGUGAUCCCACCACCUGCAUGAGACUUGUGCAGAGCCUGAUCAACUCCUCCUCCUCCUCCUGCAGCUUCUUCAAGCAUUCCCUCAGCGGAGUCUUCAAGCCUCUCCAGACCAGGUUUCUGGUGAUUUCUGAGGCCAUGGAUUUCAUGAGAGAAACCAUGCCCUCUUCUGACUUGGGUCAGGCAGUCAACAGGCUUUGUGGGAUGUCCGUCAAAGAGCUGGUGAAGGAGACCCAGACAAGCCUGGAUAUACUUGCAGAUUACUGCCUUGUGUCUGCCUUCAUCUUUCACCUCAGUACAAAGGGAUACACCUUUGACUACAGCGGGUCUGUCUGGACUUCAUUCCAGAAGAAGAUGGGUGAUAGAUCCUCUGGCUGGAGUCUGGGAUACCUGCUGAGUCUGACCAACACCAUCUCUCAGGACAGCCCAAGCUUCCUCAAGGGGAUUGAGCCAGGGGUCUGGUCUUUGCUUCUCAUCCUCUUUGUUGUGCUGCUCACUGGCUCUUUCAUGCGCAUCUCAUACCGAGUGAUGGUGAAGGAGAACAGCUUCAGUAACAGGAACAGCAGUGACUUUGAUGACAUCUGAUCAUUACUCUGGGACUUGAUACUUCUGCCAGAGGGCAGUUCAUAGGGGACAUAGAGAAACCAUACCACUGUAAGUCACUGGAGGAUGCAAAUGAUUUUCCUGCAGGACUCCCAGAGCCUCAGUGCCUUACUUCAACUUGCUAGCACUUGCACUGCCAUACUUUGAGACAAUGGAUCCUGCUCUACAGGAAACUCGUGAUUCCUAGUGGAUGGCAAGCUAUUCGUUAUCCAAAUGAGGCAGCCUGCACUGAUCUUGCUUGGGCUGCAACUGGGAUUACUCAUGUCAACGUCAUGGAAUGAUGCCUCUGGGCAGGCAGGCCCUGAGCUAAUAUAGAGUUAAUACUGAAUAACACUGGCUAAUCAGGAGGUGUCUGAAGAAAGUGCUGUGUCCUCUUCUGUGGCAAGAGACACCACCUGCAGUAGUGCCACCAGCAAAGACUGGAAGAGCAUUAAAUACAGUCAGAACACAACAGCCAACUUGCUCCCACAUUCUAGGGAAAAAGCAGGGGUUUUCUGCCUGCUCCUAUUGUUUGUCUUUGUUCUAUCUCUGUGAUGGCAUCCAUGCGACCCUUCAAGAACUCUCCAAAAGCAAAGCUUUUUAGACUUGGCCUCUACAAAAUGCGCAGAACAUCAAAAGAAAAGCAAAGGGCAGCUGAGUUCCAAGUCUCUUGGCUGAGUCGUGGCAACUCAGGGUUAACACUGUCAAUUUAAAAUCUUUAACCAGGACUUGGAAUUAGAUGAUCUUUAAGGCCUCCUCCAACCCAAACUAUUCUAUGACUUGAAUUAACACAUUUUAUUUCACAUCUGCUAAAACAAGGUGCAGGGGGGGGCUGAGGAUCACCAGUCUGUUAAUUUGCACUGAACUGCUUGACUCUGAAAGGGCAGUAGCUCAUCUAACACUGUCCCUCAGACAGGAGCAGACCCAAGAAGAGCUUUCCUAAUUGACUUUCAUAUUAGUCUGUGACUAGAUAGACCUUAUAAUCCAACACUCCAGUUUCCUCUGGGCAUUGGCAGUCAUUCCAAGAUGCCCUGCUUGUCUAAGAGCUGAGGCACUGUGCAAAUUCUGUGUUAUUGUGAAGGGAUCAAUUCAGACAAACACUGUCCUUUGACUAAAGCACUCAGAGUUCAUCUCUGCUUCAAAGCAACAAACAGGCUGCUAAAAGCCUAAAGGACAAGUGUCUCCAGCUCAUUUCAGACCACUUGAAAGAGAAAUUUAAAUGCUCAUAGAUAUAAUGAUGUGCCUUGCAGGAUUUUUAAAGCUACCAUGGAACCCAAAUCCUUUCAAAUCUGAUUAUUAAUUCCUUGUGCUCCCAACUCAUAUACAUGGACACCCCCAUAAUACUGGGACAUUCAUAAAUUUUCAGGCCAUUAAUGAGGGUUUGGAACCUGUCAGUCAAGUUUGGAGGGGUGUGGAAAGAGAUUUAAAUGAGCUUCAUAUUCUUUUCUUGGAGUUGCACAUUAGAUAUUUUAAAUUAUAUCAUGGUAUUAAAGAUGUUUUAAUAGAC